AUGUCAAAAGACUGGACAGUUGAGUUGGUUAAAGUCCCUGUGAUAGCUAGGUUGUUUAAGGAGAAGAUUCGUAGAGAACCUGAAUACUAUAUGCCUAUGAAGAUUGAAGAAUUGGUUAUGUCAGAAUGGGGAAUUGUUGUGUCUAGGCCUCAAUGUCAAGCUGGUAGGAACAAAGCUUUGAAGUGGAUUAGUAGUGAAUAUGAUCAGCAGUUUGCAAGACUAAAAGAUUAUGCAGCCGAGAUAGUAGAUUCAAAUCCGGGUUCGUCUGUGGAAGUUUGCACAACUCGGAAUGAUAAAGGUGAAGAUGUGUUCUCGAGAUUCUAUGUUUGCUUUGACGUGCUCAGAAAAACAUGGAAGGAUAGUUGUAGGCCACUAAUAGGACUUGAUGGUUGCUUCCUUAAAGAGAGAAUCAAGGGACAGCUAUUGGUUGCUUUAGGUCGAGAUGCAGACAAUGCCAUUUAUCCAAUAGCCUGGGGUGUUGUAGAGGUGGAAAACAAUGAGAACUGGCAGUGGUUUGUGCAGAAGCUGAAGGGAUUAGUAAGAGCUAUUAAGAUUGAGUUACCAAAGAUGGAGCAUCGUAAGUGUGUAAGACACAUCUACGGGAAUCUGAAGAAGAAACAUAAGAGCAAAAAGCAGAUGAAGCAACACAUAUGGAGGCUAGCUUGGAGUUACAAUGAAGCCAAGUUUCAGGUGAACUUGGACAGGGCUUUUUACAAGCUAGGCAAUUACUGUGAAGACGUUGAAAACAACUCGACAGAGUCUUUUAAUGCCUCAAUAAACAAGGCCAGAGAGAAGCCAUUCAUCCCUAUGCUUGAAGCAAUAGCAAGGCUUGCCAUGGCACAUAUUGCCGUAAGGUCGAGAAUAUCUCAUGACCAUACAGGAAAAUGUACACCAUAUGUGAUUGAAAAGCUAGCAAAGCAGCUUGUAGAUAAAGAUAAGAAAGAUGGAGCCAAAAAGUGUGUUGUGACUAAAAGUGUUAAAGGGUUCUUUUCUUCAAUGCUGAAUGGACAAACUCACCGUGUAAGUUUGGAGAAUAGGACAUGUUCUUGCAGGAAGUGGGACAUAACUGGAAUACCAUGUAAGCAUGCUCAUGGUGUGAUGUUGAAGCUGAAGAUUGACCCUGAAGACUAUGUCUGUUAUGGUUCCGGACACCUAUGUGGAGAAGAAACUACACUGACGGACUUAUUCCAGUUAGGGGUUCGAGGUUUUGGCCAGCAACAGAUGCUCCGGAUGUACAUGUACCUCCUCCUAAAGAGAAACCAGCUGAAGAAGAAACCGGGACUGAAGCAGCAACAGAACCAGGAAAAGAAGCAGGGAAGAAGAAGCUCACCAAGGCUGACAAGACAAGAAAAAAAGGUGUUAAUGAGUCUCCAACUAAGAAGCAACGAAAGGAGAAGCAAAGGAUUAUGCAUUGUGGAGUUUGUGGUGAGGCUAAUCACAACGCUAGGCAUCACAAGGCGAAUUCUUCACAGACAUUGUUGUUGGAGGGUCCUCAAAGUCACGUUGAAUCCUCUCAAGGAACCCUUACUGUUGAGUUGA